AUGAACAACAACGUUAGUCAGAAUGACGAGACAAAAGUCUCACUCCAUAACGAGGAGAAUGCAUCGCAUGCCCUUUCUACGUUUCCUACAUCUGUGACCCUGUCAGCUGAGCAGUUCGAGAGGCUGUAUCUGACUCCGAUGACUCGUCGUCAACCUCAGUUGGCUAAGCAAGUGGGAAACCCUACACCAUUAGCCCUGGGAGGAUUCGUUAUCACCACCACCCCGCUUUCCUGUUGUCUGAUGGCCUGGAGAGGAGCCAGUGGAAAUGGAAUCGCCUUUAUCGGGCCCAUUGUCUUCCUCGGCGGGCUCUUGUUAGUAAUCACCAGUAUUCUUGAGUUCAUUCUGGGCAAUACGUUUCCGUGCGUUGUAUUCGGUACUAUCGGAGGAUUUUGGUUUGCAUUUGCAGCUACGAUGAUUCCUGCCUUCAAUGCAGCAGCACCGUAUUCCUCGUCCUCCGUUGAUACGAUCACUGGGCUAUCUAGUUCAGGGUUUAUGAAUACUUACGCCUACUGGCGGCUAGCUGAAGGGGAUGCCGCAGUCGGUGACCGAUGCGUUAAAGGAUCUGGAGCUUCACUAUUUGUCGCUAGUCUACUUGGUUUUUAUCUGCUGAUAGUUCAGCUCUUUGAGGCCUUGGAAUUCCCAUUCCAACUCCCUGUUGGAGACCUUGGGCCACUUUGGACUCGCAAGCAACUACGGCAAGUGUUCUCUGGGCAAUGGCAGUUGACCUAUUACUGA